AGAGAGGGUGUCUUCAACCAGCGAUUAUAUGUGAUGUGAGGCGAAUAAUCUUUCAGUCAGUAAACGGAGGAAUUUCCUGAAUGGUUCAUUUGUUAAGUUUCUCUUUUUUGAGUGAGAAUUUGUCACUACGUGUUGCACUAAAAAAAAAAAAAACUCUGGGACAUUUCAUAAAAUAAUGGAUGCAUCAAAUAAAGAGUCUGCACUAAAUGUGAAUGCCAGCAGCAUUAAGAUCUCUGAUGUCAGUCAGGAUGGAGAUAUGCUGACCUUUGCUAUCACAUCCCAGAAUUUGAGUGGCAGUGGUGGAGUGUGUGUUUUUAGGACAUACGAGGAUUUCAUCUGGCUUCAGCAGAGUCUCUUUUCUCAGGAAGACGUACCAGAACUCCAGGGAGUCAUAUUUCCUCCUCUACCAGACAAGCCAUUGCCUUCUCACUCACAUACACAGGCUAAAGUGCUGAAACAGCUUGGUUUCCUGUCUUUGGGAGAUAAAUGGCAGAUUUACUGUAAAGCUUUAGAGCUUUACCUGCAGCAGGUGGCAGCACAUACUCUUCUGAGCAAAAACAAAGAACUCUACAACUUCCUUAGCAGCUCUGAGUCACCUGGUAAGCAGCGUAGCAAAAAGGGCAUCUUUAACCGCCUCAGUCAAGUCAUGGAAGAGAUGAGGAAGGAAGGUCACAAGGAUGUAGAUGAAUUCUUUCAGAGUGAGAGAGACAAAACCACAAAUCUCUCUGUUCUCUUUAAAGUAGCCACAGAGAAAUUCCUCGAGGUUGUGCUGACAAAGCAAAAACUUGCUUUGGCAUGUGGGCAUUUCUCCACUUCAUUACAUCUUUGUGUUAACCAGGAAAAUGCAGAUGCUGUGGCCUUCUCCAAGAUUUGUCUGAAGCUCUCAGAUAUCAUUGAAACAAUGAAAAGAAACUUUGAGAAAGUAUCUGAUAAUGACAUGUCCACCCUGGGGUUGGGUCUGGAGCUGGAGUCUCGCUACCAGGAGGCAAAGAGGGAAAUGCUGUUCAGAAGAACUUGUAGACUAGUGGAACUGGACAAUGCCAAUAAGAAUGUAGACAGAGCUAAACCAAAUAAGAAAGCCCAUAUGGAAGAAGUUCAGAAAGCGACACAAAAAGAAUUCAACCUUAUCUCAUCUGUGGCUAAACAAGAGAUUGUGCAUUACCAUAGAACCCGUGUUCAAGUGUUGCGGGACUUUCUGAUUGACUGGUGUGAAAAACAGCUGAGUACAGCACAGGAAAGCUCCACCCUCUUCUCACAGUAUCUGGAAGCUUGUAAAGGGCUUGCUGUGUAAUGUAGGAGUUCUGUAAACAUGAAGUGUACAUCAACAAUAUAAUGUCAAUUAGGGUCAAAAGAGAAAACCCUUGCAGAUUUUAAGUUUUGAAGUAAAGCAUGAAUGAAAUAAUGUUGCAAUUUAAAGCCAAAUGGUUAAAAAUGAUCUUCACUACUUAUAUGUAAAUGUUUGACUUGAUCUCAAAAUAUUUUGGCCAUUUCUCUUGCUGUAGGAUUGCAAGUCACCAGCAAAGACAGCACUUGUAGUUGUUGCAAACUGAUAAUGUGUUUUAUAUUUAUAUUGUGCUUCAUAGUAUUACAUAAGAGUAAUAAGUAACACAGAAGUUAUGCACAUUGUUUAUAAUUACCAGUUACCCAAGUAGUUGUCAAUGAAAAACAACUGUGAUAUGAUAAACAUAAUUUAGCAUGAGUCCAAAAAGAUCUUAACAAUCACUAAUCUACCUUUACACAGUAACUGCUACGUUUUUUCAGUGUGCAAUUAUUUUGAAAGAAUGAGUAAAAUAUCAGAAUGAGCCUGAAAUAUCACUUACAAACUGUAUUAAAAAAAAAAAAGAUUUGGCUGUCAAUUACCCUCCAUUAUAGUGCUGCUCAGUUGCAAAUUGACAGAAUAGGACAAAACAAACUAAGACUCCUCCCAUUCUGGCUCUGAUAUUUUAUGGAGCCUGCACAAGCUCACCCCUAGUUGCUCCAAUCUAAGUAAUAACUGACUUUACUGCAUCUGUACUCAGUGCACUUUAUAAAAUGAAGCUUGUGCCAUCAUUCAUUCCUCUCAGCAGGAACGAUAAGUGAUGUUCUCUCUCUUUCUCUCUUUCACUUUAUUUCUAUAUAUAUGGCUAACAAAUAUACUGUGGCAUCCACCACUGAGGUGUAGUGAGUGGGCUUGUGGGUAAGUGGAGCAGAGCAUGGUGAGGACUCCCAGCAUGCUGUGUGUCUCUCCAGACUCUAUUUAGUUUAAAAUUUAAUAUUUAAUUAUGUUCUUUAUUGGUGAACUGUGUGUGUGUCCUGGUUAGUUUAAUCAUACUCUUUUAAAAAAUAAUUUUAGUAGUGUGCUAGUAGAGUUUACCACCUUUGUACUGUUUUUACUCUUUGAUUUUUGCCCCCAUUUUCUCCCAUUAACAAUUUCCAUUUUGUGUGUAA